CUUUCACACUCCCUCGAGGUCGCAUCCGGUUCAAGAUGCGCCCCGACAGACUCGUGGCGACGUUGCUGGCGGUGACCUGGGCAACAGGCGCCCACGCUACGUUCGCCGCCGCCGCCCUCGCGUUGGGCGGACUCGCGGCUCUCAAGGGCGCUGCUCUGGUCGGACUCGCUGCCAGCAUCGGCCAAGGGCGAUUGUACGAGCGCGCGUUCGAAGACCGGAACGCUUACGGCAGCGCCAUGUACGACCUCAGCGACGACAGUUCGCUCAGGAGAUACUCGUAUUACCCGACUUGCAGAUAUGGUGCCUCCAGGCAGUACAGUUACCCGUACGCCGCCCGUCGACGCGUCGGCCGCUCCGUGGAAGCAGUCCCUACUGGCGAAGGCGAGAGGCUGUUAAUGUUCGCUGCAGGGCGCUUGGAUGCCAACGGCUGCAUUUUGAAACUAUUGUGCCUCCUGCAGGCGAAGAAGCAGUCGCAACGCUCUCCUGACGAGCACCUUCUUGUCUCCAUCUUCAGCUCCGAGUCGCUCUCCUCUUUCGGCACCGCCUUCGCCCGCGCCCUCGACGUUGGAAGGACGGCUCAAGAUUCCUCCGAAUGCACGAGGACCUUUCCCAAAUGCCCUCUCGAGGAGGCGGAUCUGACUGACCUCCUGCAGCAGGCGUGGGGAUGCGGCUCCACUUCACAGGCCGUCGCGUCUUAUGUCUGAUGCCUGAUGAUGAUCCAUUAUAAUGAAUUACCAUCAUUAUUAUUAUCUUAUUAGUAGUAUUAUGUUUUUUAUUUACUGUACUAACUGUCAUUCCCAUUUAUCUGUUUGAUCGUCUUUCAUCAUGGAAUUAUUCUUAUACGUAUAUAGUUUGGUUACAUACUUGGGUUUCUUUUGUAUGUGCAAACGUGUUACUUGCUACAGAGGGUCUCUUGUUGGUCUGCCUAAGACCAUUUUGACAUACGAGACCAAAGGCAAUUAAUUUUAGUCAGUGUUGUCUGUAUCAUCAUUCGGUAUCGAACAAUGCAAUGUAUCCUCUUGUCUCCGCUGUAAUUCAAAUCACAAAAAAUAUACUCAAGUGAUAAUAAAUUCUU